AUCAAGUUUCGCGCGCGUCAGCGACGCGACACGCCUUGGGCGCUUACAGGGAAGCCGUGCUUCACCAUCGCUGCUGGCGAUCACCACAGGUCAUGCGCCACCGACGAAGGCAGCAUAAAUCGAUCAAGCGGUCUACCCGUUCCCCCGCCCAUUUCAUAGUCAUCGUCCCGUAUAUAGGCCCUCCCUCGCUCUCCACCUCUCCAUUCACCUCUCCAUCCUGCAUCCCAUCAUGCCCCCUGCCCUCAACACCCUCGGCGUCACCUGCGUCCUCUCCGACAAAUCCCUCGCGCAGGUCCGCGCGCUCUUCCCCACCGUGCACUACUACCCCAAGGAGGACAUCCCGCUCGACCUCCUCGCGCAGUGCGAUGUCCUGUACGCGAACCCAGGCGGCCUGCCCCCGCACGUUACCGACGUGAAGCAGGUGCCGAAGCUCGUGCAUUUGCAGCUAAGAUGCGCGGGGGCGGACAAGGCGCUGAAGCACCCAGCGGUGCUGCCGCUGCUGGAGCAGGGCAAGGAGCCGCCGUUCACGCUGGCAACGAGUAGUGGGCUGCAUACGAUUGCGAUCCCGCAAUACAUCAUCGGGACGACGCUGGCGGUUUAUCAUCGGUUGCAGCAGCAGAUCUUGUUUACGAAGAACGAGAAGCGCUGGCCGUCGCACUCAGAGGUCGUCGGUGAUACGGAACCGUACUACCCACCAUCAGUGAACGAGUACAACUACUACGGACGUUCACUGAGAGGGAAGACCAUUGGCAUGCUGGGCUAUGGACACAUCGCGCGCGAGACUGCACGCUUAUUCCAGGCCUUCGGCUGCGAGGUCAUCGCCGCCAACACACAAGGCAAGGCGCGAGUGGACAAUGGCUUCUUCUACCCCGGUACAGGCGACAAAGACGGCACCAUCCCCCGUGCCUACUUCUCCACCGAAGAUGAGGCCGGCAUGCAGGACUUCUACCGCCAGACCGACGUUCUCGUCGCCUCCCUUCCGGGAACGGAGAAGACGAAGGGGUACCUGACUGAAGAGAAACUCAAGCUACUUAAGCCCUACGCAGCGUUCGUGAACGUGGGUCGGGGAAGUCUGGUCACCAGCGAAGCUCUCCUCGCCCGUCUCGACGCUCCGCAAGGAUUAUGCGGCGUCGCGCUCGACGUCACGAACCCCGAGCCACUGCCGCCCAACCAUCCGCUGUACUCCCAUCCUCGGGCAAUUAUUACGCCGCACGUCUCGGGUGUCGGGGAGAACGAGUUCGAGAUCGCGGUGGACGUGUUCGAGUUCAAUGUGAGGAAGUUGAGAGAGGGGGAGGGCGUGGGGCAUCCGGUGCAGUGGUUGAGGGGGUACUAAGCAUUGCUUAGAGUAAAUAGAUAGCGACGUGUAGGAUGCAUCGGCCUUUAAUCAUGGUCAAGAACACUUGUAUGGCU